AUGCUCUACUCACUCGUUCUUCCUGCUCUUGCAUUUCAAGCCAGCCUGGCGCUCGGCGAUACAUCCGUUACUGUCAACACCAACAAGAAACUUCAAGUCAUUGAUGGCUUUGGCGUUUCCGAAGCCUACGGCCACGCCAAGCAAUUCCAGAACCUCGGCCCCGGACCACAGAAAGAGGGCCUGGAUCUUCUCUUCAACACUACAACCGGUGCAGGCCUGUCCAUCAUCCGGAACAAGAUCGGCUGCGAUGCAUCAAACUCCAUCACAAGUACCAAUACCGAUAACCCCGAGAAGCAGCCUGUUUUCCAUUUCGACGGCGACGAUGAUGGGCAGGUAUGGUUCAGCAAACAGGCUAUGAGCUAUGGCGUAGAUACUAUCUACGCCAAUGCUUGGUCUGCGCCUGUAUACAUGAAGUCAGCUACGAGUAUGGGUCGUCUCUGCGGUACACCUGGUGUGUCAUGCUCAUCUGGAGAUUGGAGACAACGCUACGUUGAGAUGAUAGCCGCGUACCUCUCCUAUUACAAGGCGGCCGGCAUCCUAGUGUCGCAUGUUGGUUUCCUCAAUGAGGGUGACGGCUCGGACUUUAUGCUCUCAACUGCCGAGCAGGCUGCAGAUGUCAUUCCCCUCCUACACAGCGCUCUGCAAUCCAAGGGCCUUGGCGAUAUCAAGAUGACGUGCUGCGACAAUAUCGGUUGGAGGUCACAGAUGGACUACACCGCGAAGCUUGCUGAGCUUGACGUGGAGAAGUAUCUAUCUGUCAUCACAUCGCAUGAAUAUUCCAGCAGCCCCGACCAGCCUAUGAACACUACCUUGCCAACUUGGAUGUCUGAGGGAGCUGCCAAUGACCAGGCGUUUGCCACAGCGUGGUACGUCAACGGUGGUUCUAACGAAGGCUUCACGUGGGCAGUCAAGAUCGCACAAGGCAUAGUCAAUGCUGAUCUUUCGGCGUAUAUCUACUGGGAGGGCGUUGAGACGAACAACAAGGGGUCUCUCUCUCACGUCGUCGACACGGACGGCACCAAGUUUACGGUAUCUUCGAUCCUCUGGGCUAUUGCUCACUGGUCACGCCACAUCCGCCCUGGCGCCCAUAGACUUUCGACUUCAGGUGUUGUUCAGAAUACGAUUGUUGGUGCCUUUGAGAACGUUGAUGGUAGUGUUGUCAUGGUGCUGACCAACUCUGGCACUACUGCUCAGACUGUGGACCUGGGUGUUUCAGGCAGUACUUUCUCAACAGCUCAGGCUUUCACUUCGGAUGCUGAGGCACAGAUGGUCGAUACUAAGGUGACUCUGUCUGGCGGUAGUGUCAAGGUCACGGUCCCGGUGCACGGCGUUGUGACUGUGAAGCUCACAACAGCAAAGAGCUCGAAACCGGUUUCAACUGCUGUUUCUAUGCAAUCUGUUCCCACGUCAACCAGUGUCAAGCACAUCUCAAAGCCUUCUUCAACAACACUCUCGAUUGUCAAAACUCCAACUCCCGCUCAGGCUACCUCUGUCGUUGAGACAGCCAGUGCGGCAAAAUACCCUGUUCCCCCUGUACCAUCCAAGGGCUCCACGACGAGUGUUGCCAAGAAGGGAACCGAGAAGAGUACUACGAAGAAGGGUUCGAAGAAGAGCUCCAACCGAUCGCACAAGGCGCAUAGUGCCACCCAUCGUCGAUGCGGCCAUGGCAACCACCGUCGUGGUCACUGUGCCAAUUAA